CCACAGUCAUACCAUAAAAACAGCCAAACAACAAAAAACCGUUCCACCCGCAAACAAAUAAUUCGCCCUGACUUGACUCAUUCCUGUUGAAUUUGUCGCGACUGCAGCAUGUCUGAGAAGCCGACUGUUUUGAUUUUGGGUGGCUGCGGCUUUAUCGGACGCAACUUGGCCACUUAUCUGCUGGAGAAUGAACUGGCGCAGGAAAUACGGAUUGCCGAUAAGACCCCUCCCCAGAUGGCCUGGCUGAACGAGGAGCAGGCGCGGAUCUUCGACAGCGACCGAGUGGAGUUCUGCAGCGCCAACCUAAUAAAUGCCGCCUCUUGCAAGGCGGCCUUUGCACCACACCCCACGACAGGCAGGGCCUGGGACAUCGUCAUCAACUGCGCGGCCGAGACGCGUGCCAACCAGGACGAUGCUGUCUACAAGGAGGGCAUCCUUAAGCUCAGCGUGAACUGUGCAAACGAGGCAGCCGCUCAGCGUGUGCGGCGCUACGUGGAGCUCAGCUCCGGUUGUGUGAAUAGCAGUGAGAAGACGCCGCUGAAGGAGGACUGCAAGCUGGAGCCCUGGACGGGCGUGGCCCGGCAGAAGCUGAAGGUGGAGAAGGAGCUGGCGAACAUGGAAGAUCUCAGCUAUACGGUUGUCCGCUUGCCCGUGGUCUAUGGCAUUGGCGAUAAGCGCUACUUGAUGCCGCGCAUUAUAAUCGCUGCCAUUUACAAAUACCUCAACGAGACAAUGAAGCUGCUGUGGAACGAUGCCAUGCGUCUGAAUACGGUGCACGUAUCGGAUGUGUGUGCCGCCAUUUGGCAAUUGGCGCAGAGCCCCAAGACCGCCGGGCAGGUGUACAAUAUAGCCGAUGAUUCAGCUUCUACGCAGGGCAGUAUUAGCAACCUGUUGGUGGAUAUUUUCGACAUCAAUGUGGACUAUUUUGGCAUUGUCAUGUCGAAUUUGACUAAGCUUUAUCCCACGGACACUGUUGGCGAGAUCAACGACAAGCAUAUGGCUCCCUGGGCCGAGAUUUGCCAACGCAAUGGCAUUGACAACACCCCGCUGACACCCUACCUCGACGAGGAGCAGCUCCACCACAAGCAUCUCUACUUGGACAACACGAAGCUGAAAGACUUUGGCUACGUGCUGCAGCAUCCGAAGCUCACGCGGGAGCUGCUCAUGGAGAUGAUAAACGACUAUGUGAAGCAGGAGUUGUUUCCCAAGUCUCUAGUUCUCUGAUACGCCACCACACCUCCCUCUCGUGAGGUUGCACCAAGUUGACACGCACUCAGACCGGAGUAGCUAGUAAGCAGAAAGAUUAGUUUUUAACGAUUACUCCUCUUCCACUUUUGUAUACGAUACGGACACCCAUGUACGCUGGGCUGUAUCCCUCGGUCUUUUGCCACUAAAGUGUACUUAUAGUAUUAUAUAUUAUAUAUUUUUGAUACAUUCCAAUCGAUCAAUCCAUGUAUAUCGUAGUUUAUUGCGUAUAUCAAUGAGACCCAGCUCCCGAUUGACAAUUAAAGCUGCACUUGUUUAGAGUUUA